CAGAGAGCUGUCAGUGCUUCCGGGUGGUGGAGCUGUCAGCGGCGGAUCUUCGACACGAAAAAAAACAAAGAAAAAGAAGAUGAAGAAUAAAGUUAGCAGUUCUGAAGCAGCAGAGACUGGCCUGCAGGCGGCGCUCCACCAGUCCGUCUUCCUGUCGGCCAUGUCUCCACAGCCCGGCCGCGACCUGUCUCUCUGCUGGGAGCAACACCGCAAGCUGCUGCCAGGAGUCACCAGAGUCCACGCCCAGUCCGUCCAACACUGGAGCGUCCAACAGGUGUCAGAUUUCAUUCAGUCCAUCCCCGGUUGUGAAAACCAGGUGAAACAGUUCAGAGAUGAGCAAAUUGAUGGGCGGGCCUUCCUCCUCCUCACUCAGCGUGACAUUGUGAGGAUCAUGUCAAUCAAACUUGGUCCCGCGCUCAAGAUUUACAACUCAAUCCUCAUGUUCAAACACAUCACGAGCCAAUCACACGCUGAGGACACGAGCCAAUCACACGCUGAGGACACGAGCCAAUCACACGCUGAGGACACCUGCAGGAGUCCUGUAUAUGACUAGAACUAGUGUGCAUAUAUAUAAAUAUAUUUACACAUAUAAUUGAAUAAUGAGGUAAGAGGAUGUUCCUAUAAGUACAAACAGGGUUUGUCUUUGACUCCUCCCACGUCUGUGACCUUGAGAUCAGCUGAAGGACGUCAGGACCAGAAUGCAUCACGUGAAGCUGUCGUUACUUUUCAUUGAUAUAAAGAAGUGAUUUUUUCUACUGUUUCUAUAGAGUUCUAUUUUAAAGUUUCUUUACAGUAAUAUAUAUUCGUAUCUCUGACAGGAAGUUCACUCAGACUUCUUCAGGUGUGUGAUGUAAGAGAUGGGGGCGGGGCAUAUGUUUCCCUUAGGUUUCCAUGGUAACAACUGACAGAGUGUGAUGUUAUUAUAAAGUUUCUCUUUGCUGUUUCUGUCACUGUUUGAUGAGAUCAAUAAAGUUUCUGAUC